AUGGCCUCCAAGCGUUUUUUCACUGAAGAGGAUUUCUCUUGUCCUGUGUGCCGUGACAUCUUCAAGGAUCCUGUCAUCAUGAAGUGUAGUCACAGUGUGUGUAAAGUCUGUCUGCAGCAGUUCUGGGAAAUGAAAAGACACCAAGAAUGUCCUAUUUGCAGGAAAAGAUUCACAAAUUCAAAUCCACAACUUAACUUGGACUUGAAGAAAUUGUGUGAGACCUUCUUACAGGAGAGAAGUCAGAGAGCUUCAGCAGGGUCUGAGGUGCUCUGCAGUCUGCACAGUGAGAAACUCAAGCUCUUCUGUCUGGAGGAUAAACAGCCUGUGUGUGUGGUGUGCAGAGACUCAAGGGAACAUAAGAAUCACAAUUUUAGUCCUCUUGUUGAGGUAACAACUGAUUAUAAGGAGGAACUGAGAACAGAGCUGGCCAAGCUGAAGGAAAAGAUGAAGAAACAUGAAGAAACUAAACUAACUAGUGAUGAAACAGCCAAACACAUUAAGACUCAGGCCCAGCACACAGAGAAGCAGAUCAAGGAGGAGUUUAAGAAGCUUCACCAGUUUCUACGAGAUGAAGAGGCAGCCAGGAUAGCUGCACUGAGGGAGGAAGAGAAGCAGAAGAGUCAGAUGAUGAAGAGGAGGAUUGAGAAGAUGAGCAGAGACAUCUUGUUUCUUUCAGACUCAAUCAGAGCCAUAGAAGAGCAAAUUAGUGCUGAUGACAUCACAUUCCUGCAGGACUACAAGAGCACAGUGGAAAGAGCCCAGUGCACACUGCAGGAUCCAGAGAGGGUUUCAGGAGCUCUGAUCAAUGUGGCAAAGCACCUGGGUAACCUGAAGUUCAGAGUCUGGGAGAAGAUGCAGGAGACUGUUCAGUACACUCCUGUGACUCUGGAUCCCAACACUGCAAGCCGAUAUCUCAUCCUGUCUAAGGAUCUGACCAGUAUGAUAUAUGAUGCUGAGGAGGAGCAGCAGCUUCCUGAUAACCCAGAGAGGUUUGAUGAGUAUGCCAGUGUCCUGGGCUCUGAGGGCUUUAACUCAGGGACUCACUGCUGGGAUGUGGAGGUUGCUGAGAAUCCACGGUGGAUUGUGGGUGUGAUAACAGAGUCUCUCCAGAGGAAGGGAGAAUAUGAUGAUGUCAGUGGAGAGUGGUGUGUGGGGUAUGAUGAUGAUGAAUAUGAAGCACGUGCUUCUCCACAUGCCUCCACUCUCCUCACAGUGCAGCAGAAACUCCAGAGGAUCAGAGUGCAGCUGGACUGGGACAGAGGAAAGCUGUCAUUCUCUAACCCUGAUAAUAACACACAUCUACAAACCUUUACACACACAUUCACUGAGAGAGUGUUUCCUUACUUUGAUGGCUGUAGGGUAUCUCCUCUGAGGAUGUUACCAGUGCAGGUCUCAGUUAGAGUAGAGCAGCCCAGUUAGAGCUGAUGGUGUCUCUGUGUGGACCAGAACUGAUCAGCAUGAGGAGAUGAAUCAGUUAGAGGAGACUCUGAGAGAAAACACCACUGUGGACUGAGAGAAAGCACCAGCAUCAAACACACCCUCUUCUCCCAAGUGAUCAUUUGACAUU